AUGUCCCUUGGUUUUAAUAACUUUGGAAGCGGGGAAAGUGAUGAAAUGGACUUCAUUAAUACUUUGUCUAAUUGCAGUAAGUUGGAGAUAUUAGAUGUCGGUGGCAACAACCUGAGAGGGAUUUUACCAGAAUCCUUGGCAAAAUUUUCAGCCAAACUUUAUUUCCUAAGGCUUUCCUCAAACAAUAUUUUGGGUAAUCUGCCUUCAUCAUUAGGUAACCUUUCAGGACUAACCACACUGGAUUUAUCCUACAAUCAAUUUAUGGGCACAAUUCCUGCAAGUUUUGAUAGGCUGCAAAACUUACGUAGACUAGAACUCAAAAACAACAAUCUUGCAGGGGAUAUUCCCAAUACUUUAGGCAAUUUGUCAUCGUUGAUUGAACUUCAUAUGGGAAUGAACCAUUUGAAUGGAACCAUACCCUCAAGUCUAGGGAACUGCAAGAAGUUGAUCGGGCUAACACUUGAGCAAAAUUUUCUUCGUGGAAGAAUACCAAAGAAUCUUUUUGGGCUCGCAUCCCUUUCCAUUAGCCUCAAUUUGGGCAGUAAUCAACUAUCAGGACAACUUCCCUUCGAGAUUGGCAACGAUCUUAAAAACUUAAAUGAGCUUAUUCUAGCUGAAAACCUUCUGUCAGGUAAACUUCCAAGUAGCAUUGGUAGCUGUACCAGCCUUCAAAAUUUAAACAUAGGACGUAACUUCUUCCAUGGAUCUCUCCCACCAUCAAUGGUUUCUUUGAGGGCCCUCCAAAACCUUGAUGUUUCUUUUAACAAUUUCACUGGUCAGAUCCCAAGUUUUUUGGAGAUACUUCCUUUGCAGAGUCUGAAUAUUUCAUUUAACGAUUUUGAGGGUCAGGUUAGCAGCAAAGGAGUGUUUUUAAAUGCUAGUGAACUAAUCAUCAAAGGCAACAACAGACUUUGUGGAGGUAUACCCGAACUUCUAUUACCAAAAUGCAGUCCUAAUCACUCAAAGGGAACAAAAAGGUUGAGCCUUUCUGUUAUAUUAGUCAUCUCUGUAGUGCCGGUUCUGUUUUGUGCAGCCGCAGUAUUGGUUUAUUUGUUCUAUUGGAGAAAAAUGAAAGACAGAGAUGCAGAUGAUACAUCCCACAACAUUGAUGAGAUGCCUCCUGUCAAGGUUUCUUAUAAAAAACUCUAUAAUGCAACUGGCGGUUUUUCUCCAAACAAUGUGAUUGGCAAGGGUAGUUUUGCAUCUGUUUAUAGAGGAAAUCUCGAUUUGGAUGGUGGGAUUGUUGCAGUCAAAGUUUUGAACCUUUGUCAGAAAGGAGGUUCAAAGAGUUUCAUCUCUGAGUGCAAAGCAUUGAGAAAUGCCCGACAUAGAAAUUUAGUGAAGGUCAUAACUUGUUGCAGCGGUUCUGAUUUUGAAGGUAACGAAUUCAAAGCUUUGGUUUACGACUUCAUGCCUAAUGGAAGCCUAGAUAGAUGGUUGCAUUCAAGUCAUGUGGCGCAAAAUUUGCAGAAUGACCUUCCUCUACUUAGUCUUCUUCAAAGAGUAAGCAUUGCUUUAGAUGUGGCUUAUGCACUUGAUUAUCUUCAUAACCACAAUGGCAGGACUAUUGUACAUUGUGAUUUGAAACCAAGUAACAUUCUACUUGACAAAGACAUGGUUGCGCAUGUUGGCGAUUUUGGGCUGUCAAAGAUUCUUCAGCCGGAACAUGUAAACAAAUAUGAUAAUAGCUCAACUGGAAUUAGAGGAACUAUUGGCUAUGCAGCUCCAGCGAUGACGGGUCCUCGAAAAAGGGUUGGUCAAACUAAAAAGUCAACCCUGUCCAUAUGUUGUCGUUUUGUGACUUUUAGUGAGGACAUAAUUUCCUCGCAAAAAGAUUUCGUCACAAUAGCUCAUUUUUCUAGUAGUGUCACUGCAGAAUAUGGUUUUGGUGGCAAAGUUUCAACAAGUGGAGACAUUUAUAGUUAUGGUAUUCUGUUGCUGGAGAUGCUGACAACUAAAAGGCCUACGGAUCCCAUAUUCAAAGAAGAGAUAAACCUUCACAGCUAUGCUAGAACAGAAAUGAGAGAUCACUUGCUAGAUAUUGUUGAUCCAAUACUUCUAAAAAAUGAUUUCGGAAAUCAUGUACCCUCGGCCAACAAGAACGGAGAAGAAUUGCUUUCAGUGAGAAAUGAAGCAUGCUUGCGCCAGGUGAUUGAACUUGGAGUAGCAUGUUCCAUGGGGUUACCACAACAUCGAAUGGAUAUUGAUGGUGUUAUCCAGGAGCUUCACUUGGUGAAAGAAGUUUUGUUGAGCAAUUCAACAGGCUAA